AUGGAUCCUAAUUUCGGGUUCAACUCCCCGGCAUUGGGCACCGCCAUGCCCGCCGGACUAUCGCGGCCACAACGCUCAAUCAAGCACCGGAAGCCACUAGCGGGCCCCCGUCCCUGGUUCACGCCCGCCCUAGAAAUUGAUAAGCUGUCUCGAUCUUUUUCCGAACAGAGUUUUGGGUCUUUUCAGGAGGACCAGGGCAUCGAAACUGCUAUUAAUGAUCCGGGUUUUAAUACUGUCAGACCGGAUUCUGGACUUGGUGUCGGGUCGAGCCAAAGGAAUGCGGGGCGUGACAUUUUGUUUGGAUCAAAUAAUAGUAGUAAUACUGGAUUUAAUACGUUUAGCUCUAAUGAUAUGAGUAUUGAUGUAGAGGAAAAUAGAAUUGCUGUUGAGUUGAGGAGAUUGCGAAUUCAGAGCGAGAAGACAGUGUUAGAUAGUGAGAAUGCGAAUAUUAGUAGUAGUGGUAACAGAAGUAACAGUGAUGUGUUUAGUAAUGUAAAUUUGUGUGGUAAAGAUCAGAGCGUGCAUUUUUCUAGUACAUACAAUUACAGCGAUAAGAAGAAUGAUUGUGAAAGACCGGAUCCCGAAUUACUGGAUGAGAUGGGAAAGUUGUAUAUUGGAAGUGAAAAAAUUAGUACGUUGUAUGGUGGGAAUGCGAGUGCCGAACUUCCAAAUAAGAUGAAGAAUUUGAAUAUUAAAAGCUGUGUUAGUGGAAGAGCAGACCCUAUGCUUCCAAACAAGAUGAAGAAUAUGACAAUUAAAGAGACUUUGAGUUCUUCCAACGAUGGGAAGGUUGAUGAUGUUAGUUCAAGCGAUGAGAGUAAGUUCAUGUUCGGAGGAAGUGGCAAUGGUAAUGAGAUGGAGAACUUGAAAAUAGGAAGUGGAGUUGGAAACAAACCUGACCAAACAAAGACAAGUUCCCAUUCUUUUACAACCAGUGACACACAGAGGAACUCUGGUGUUGCUAAUGUGAACUGUGGUUUGGGUUCAUUUAAUUCAGGAUUAAGUUUUCAGUCAGGGAUACGGGGUGCGGAUAGUGAUAGUCAAGUUCAUCUCAACAAUCAAGGUACUACAAGAUUGUCAUCGUUGUUUUCAUCUGAGAAUAUUUUGGAUAGGGCCAAGCACACGGUUGAGUUCAGUUUCAGUAGCAAGUUGGAUAGUGUGGCAACAAAAAACAUGGAGUUCAAAACACCAGAAAUGAAAGGGAACUUAUUUUUUGGCCUGAAUGGAAAAUUGGACCCAAAGAAGGAAUCAGCAAAAGACAUUGGGUCGAAGAAAAGGAGGGGAAAGUGGAGGAAACCUGUCCAGUUUAGGUUUGGGCAAGACUUUGUUUUCAGGGAAAAUUUGCAAGAAAAUGCUGAAUCUUCUGAACCAUAUUCACCUAUGGAUAUCUCUCCGUAUGAGGAAACCCUGGCAGAUAAUAAUAUUUCAAGAGAGAAAGCUGUGGCAUCAGAUGAGUCUUUCCAUCUUGAUGAAAAUUUGUCAAAUAAUACAGAUGAUGAAGACCUAGUUGCUGCUACAGAGAGAUUAGAUAUAAAUGACAAAGAUCGAAAGGAUGGAGAAUUACAAGAGGAAGAACCACUGAAUUGUCUAAAUGAAGUUGUUGAUUCUGAGGGUCCUGAAGAAGAGGUUUCAGGGGCUGAGAUUGAAAGCUUCAAGUCUGCGACUGACGAGUUAAACUGUAGCACUGACACAUUUGUUACUUCAGCUGAUACUGAAGUUAGUUCCAGCUCCAUAUUUGAGAGAGAAGAUAAUGAUGGAGGGUCCCAGUUUAAUUUUGCUUCAAAUAUGGCACACAGUGGCCAAAGCAACUUCGUCUUUGCUGCAUCUUCCGCUGAUCACUGUGAGUUAUCAGCAUCAACACGCUUCCAGAAGAAGAAGAGUCGGGUUAAAGUAGGUCAGGAUUCAUGUAGUUCUACUCCAGCUGCUAAAGUUUUACACGCAUCAUCCCACGUGCCUCUUUUUCCAGUUUCUGGAUCUCUGUUGUCGUCACCCCGGAAGCAUCAUAGAGGUGAUAUAUCUACCUUGUUAAGCCAAAGAAGAGACAAAUUUGAGCCCGUUAAAGAACUGGAGGCCAAGCAAGAAAAUAUCUCUCCUACAGCUGUAAGCAUUGCAACUCAGGAAACCUGUGAAAAAUGGCGAUUAAGGGGAAAUCAAGCCUAUGCAGGGGGGGAUUUUUCUAAAGCUGAAGAAUGUUACACUCAAGGGAUGAAUUGUAUUUCCCAAAAUGAGACAUCUAGAAGCUGUCUUAGGGCUCUGAUGUUAUGCUAUAGCAACCGUGCAGCCACACGUAUAUCACUUGGCAGAAUGAGAGAAGCAUUAAAAGAUUGUAUGGAGGCUGCUGCUUUAGAUCCCAACUUCAUCAGGGUGCAAGUUCGAGCAGCAAACUGUUACCUUGCCCUCGGGGAAGUUGAAAAUGCAACUCUGCAUUUCAUGAAGUGCUUGCAAGCAGGGCCUGAGGUUUGUGUGGACAGGAAACUUAUAAUAGAAGCAUCUGAGGGACUUCAAAAGGCUCAGAAAGUAACAGAAUGCAUGGAGCAAUCUUCUGAGCUCUUGCAACGAAAAACAUCUAGUGGUGCGGAAUGUGCUUUGAGUUUGAUUACUGAGGCUUUGAUGACAAGUGUUUAUUCUGAAAAAUUACGUGAAAUGAAAGUGGAUGCUCUUCUUAUGCUAAAGAAGUAUGAAGAGGUGAUUCAGCUAUGUGAGCAAACUCUAAGCUCUGCUGAUUCGAACUUUCCAAUUCCUGGGGAUGAUAACCCUUCAGAAAAGCCACAUGUUUCUUGUCUGCAGAGGAGCCCUUCUUUCUAUGUCUGGUGCUGGUCACUAAUUCUUAAGUCCUACUUCUAUUUAGGAAGAGUUGAGGAAGCCUUGGGUUUUCUGAAGAAGCAAGAGAAAUCAGUGUCUCUCAUGGAACGGAGAGAAAACAAGACUUUGGCAUCGAUAAUACCUUUGGCUAGCAUAAUUCAUGAGCUAUUACACCACAAGGCUGCGGGAAACGAAGCAUAUCAAUCUGGAAAGAAUGCAGAAGCUGUUGAACAUUACACUGCUGCUAUCACAUGCACUGUAGAGUCACGUCCUUUUGCGGCUAUUUGUUUUUGUAACCGUGCUGCUGCAUAUCAGGCUAUGGGCCAAAUUAUAGAUGCCCUAGCAGAUUGCAGCCUGGCUAUAGCCCUCGAUGGAAACUAUUUAAAGGCCAUUUCUAGACGAGCCAUGUUGUUUGAGAUGAUUAGAGAUUAUGGACAGGCAGCUGCAGAUCUUCAGAAACUUGUAUCCCUUCUUUUAAAUCAAGUGGAAAGUAAGGCAGAGCAAUCUGCACAAUCUGAUAAAAUGAGUUGCAUGACUGAGCUUAGACAAGCACGACUAAAACUUUCUGCAAUGGAAGAUGCAUCCAGAAACGAAUUCCCCCUGAACAUGUAUCUCAUUCUGGGAAUUGACCUGUCUGCCACAGCAUCAGAAAUUAAGAAGGCUUAUCGAAAAGCUGCACUCAAAUAUCACCCUGACAAGGCCGGUCAGUCCUUGCCUAGAAGUGAAAAUGGAGACGAUGGGCUCUGGAAGGAAAUAGCAGAAGAGGUACAUAAAGAUUUAGACAGGCUCUUUAAAAUGAUUGGGGAGGCAUAUGCAGUACUUUCAGACCCUACAAAGCGUUCACGGUAUGAGCAGGAAGAAGAGAUGCGAAAUUCUCAAAAUAGAGGCAAAGGAAACAUGUCAAAAAUGCAUUCCGAUUUCCAAAAUUACUCAUUUGAGAGAAGUGGUAGUUGGAGACAAUGA